AUGGCUGCCUUCUUUGCACUUGAAGGCGGAAAAUUGUUUAGUGUUGAUGCUAAUGCGAAUGAAAAGAGUGAUAAGAAAGCAGCCUUGGGUAAAGGGACAAGCAUACUUGUCCAGUUUAUUAAAGACAGGCUCGUUAAAGAUACAAGCGCUGGUGAUGAUAAGGUUGAGACACUGAAGCAUUGGAUGGAGAAAGUCUUGACACUUUUGAGCCUCGAGGAUCUUGGUUUUGCUUGCUUUUUGGAUAAAGUCAAAGAGAUCAUAGAGAGUAAUGAAGACAGGAGACUCCCGAAGCUCCCAAAGAGUACUCGGGAUUUUGCGAAAGAGCAAAUGGCAGUCCGAGAAAAAGCGUUUUCAAUCAUACAAGAUGUUUUCAAGAGGCAUGGUGCAACUGCUCUUGAUACACCUGUUUUCGAAUUGAGAGACACACUUAUGGGGAAAUACGGAGAAGAGUCAAAGUUGAUUUAUGAUCUCGCUGACCAGGUGAAGCUGAGUCACCGGAAGUUGCUCGACGGUAUGCUGGAGAUAUGUGGAGUGUCACCGGAGAAUUUCAGAAGCGUCUGUUCCAGUAUCGACAAGUUAGACAAGCAAUCGUUUGAGCAAGUGAAGAAAGAGAUAGUGGAGGAAAAGGGUUUAUCUCCGGAGACAGCAGACAGAAUCGGCAGUUUUGUUAAGGAAAGAGGACAGCCAAUGGAACUGCUGUCGAAACUCAGACAAGAAGGGAGCGAGCUUUUGAGUAACGAGUCAUCAAAAGAGGCACUUGAAGAUUUGAGCAUUAUGUUUGAAGCGCUUGAGAGAUCAAACUGCAUUAACAGAGUAGUCUUUGAUCUGAGUCUUGCGAGAGGUCUUGAUUACUACACCGGCGUUAUCUUUGAAGCCGUCUGCAAAGGAGCUGAGGUUGGAACGAUUGGUGCUGGUGGGCGAUACGAUAACCUUAUUGGAAUGCUGGGGACACAGCACGUACCAGCAGCUGGUGUGAGUCUCGGUAUUACCAUAAUGGAAGAAGUUCAAAAGCAACAAAAACAGGUGGUUCGAGCCACAGAGACGCAAGUCCUGGUGAGUAUCGUGGCGGAGGAUAAGCUAGCAGAAGCUGCGGGAUUGGUGAGUGAGCUUUGGGGAGCAAAGAUAAAAGCAGAGUACCUUGUGAGCAAAAGAUGGGAAAAGCAUUUGAAGCGCGCCACGAAAUCUGGGAUCCCUUGGAUGGUGAAAGUUGGCGAACGAGAACUCGAUGGAGGAGUUGUUACGUUGAAGAAGAUGGUUAAAGGCAGUGAAAAGGAAUAUCGAGGAGUUCCCAAAGAGAGUUUCGUCGACCAGCUCUUAAAACUUCUUACUUCUUGA